AUCCGUAUUGUUUAUAUAUUAACAUUCAAGCACCUCACGGCGCCCAUCAACAGUCUACUCUGAAAGUUAUUUGUGGAAGUUGGCGUGAAAUGUGACUUUGAAUGGGAACUCCCUCUUUUCGAGUUUUGCAAGUUUAGAGUUUUCAGACAAAUGAGCUACGCCUUAUAAGACUGGAACUUUUUUGUCUGAGUUGGACCUAAGAUAUAUCGAGAAUGCGGGACCGGACCAAAGAACUGGGCAAUACUGCUGAUGCCUCAGAAGAAGAUGAAGAAACCGUAGCUCUCAUGAUCAAGCCCGGAUCUGGGAGUUCAGCAAAUGAAGAGAAAGAAAAUGAAGCUUUUUUCAAAAAGGUUCAGGAGAUUCGAGAGGGACUCGAAACAAUUAAAAGGAAGGUGUCUGAAUUGGAGAACAAACAGAAAACAGUGUUAGGAGUUGCACUUCCAGAAGACAGUAUGAAAAAGGAACUGCAGUCUCUCAGAGAAGACAUCAAAGGCAUGGCCAGCCAGAUUCAAAAGAAGUUAAAAAGCAUCGAACCUAAGAAAACUGAAGGUGAAGACAAAUAUAUUCCAGUAAACGUUAGAAUGCGGAGAACCCAGCAUGGUGUUUUGUCCCGGGAAUUUCUGGAAGUGAUGGGUCACUGUAAUACAAUUCAAGCCCAAUACAGAGACAGAAAUGUGGAGAGGAUACAAAGACAACUCAAAAUCACUGGUAACAAUGUGACAGAUGAGGAGCUGGAAUCAAUGCUUGAGAGUGGACAAACAGAUGUUUUCACGCAAAAUAUUUUGAAUGAUGCUAAAGCUACCAGACAGGCUCUGAACGAGAUCGAGUCACGGCAUGAUGAGAUCAUCAAGCUAGAGAAAAGCAUUAAAGAGCUACACGAUAUGUUUCAGUACCUUGCGAUGGAGGUGGAAGCACAGGGUGAGAUGGUGGACCGGAUUGAGGAGAGCAUUAAGAAUUCCCAUAACUAUGUGGAAAAGGCUGUUGCUGAGACAGCUUCUGCUGUAGAAACUUCAAAAAAAGUGCGCAAGAAAAAAUUAUGGAUUGCAUUAUGCCUUGCUAUAUUACUUGUAGUAAUAGCCAUUAUACUGGCUAUCAGUUUCAGUUGAGUGUUUUCCCUUACUAGACUUCUUUUUGCUCAUGAAGUACUGGCUUUUGUUCUCCUAAUCUGUCUUCCUGAAGUUCCUUUAAACAUGUGUAAACAUGAGCAUUAUUGGUAUCCCAACCGUUUUGGUAGCUACGUUAAAAAGUUACAUAGUAAAAACGGUUUGAGGUUGCUUUAUUGACCGUGUUUCCAAGAUGGUGAACUUCAUUUGCAGAAACCAACACUAAAACAUGGUCAUAUAGGGUAGAUGAAGAAAAAAAGCUCAUGAGAUUCCUAAUAUAUAUCGCUUCCAUUUGGAGACAGGCUCAAGAACCCUGAGUGAUGGGGCUAUUUGCCUUUACCCUAAUAUGUUUAUUAGGUCUUUUGUGUUAUCUGUUGUGAUUUCUCCUUUUGUAAUGCCAUUUCAAACUUGAAAUUUGAUAAAACAACAUUCAAGGUCAUCUGUGUGUAUAUAACAACUAAUUUUAUACUCUGCAGUAUAGUAACUACCUUUCAAUGUACUACUUCUCUUGGUCUCACAAUGACAUGUUGCAUAUGUGUGUAUAUUUUAACUCAUUUGUGCUCUGUCCUAGUUAAGACAUGGACUUUUAAGAAUCGAUUAUGUACAGUUAUUUGUUUAGUGCCUCAACCUUUGGAGCCUUUUCUUGAGCAAUAACAGGAAGUGCCCACGAUGUGGCACUAUAAAUGUCAAGAUCACCAAGAGUGCAGUUUUUUUUUUUUUGUUUUUUUUUUUGGUUUCAUUUUACAGCCUGUAGACAUACUGCCACACAUUUCAUUCAUUCUGGUGUAAAAUUUAAAUUUUUAAAUAAAGUACAUAUUAUAUA